CAGGCCUCUGUACGCUGACUCUGUUAAGAGUUGUGGCCAGGCGAGGCCAGUCCCUGAACCCGAGGCCCAGCAGUGCAGGGGGCUGUCUGCUUUCUUCACGAGGACAUGGGUGCUGGUGGGGGAGGCUGGAGGUGGUUUGUUCCUGACCAGAUUCCCUGAGGAAUGAGCCUGGUUAAUGGUGCGCUCCUCUCCUGCUGCUUCCUGAACUGGCCUUCCCCACCUUCUCACAGAGCAGCUGCCCAGCGGCACCCUGCCCCUGGGGGCUGGGCUCACCAGGGAGUCCUGGAUUCUAGCAAGACUAGGGGACAAGAGCCAGGAUCUCCAGCGCGUGGGCUGCCUGGGUCCCUGCCCGGAGUGACUCCGGAGCCCUCCCCUCUGCUCCUUUCUAUUUCCUCUGCCUUGAGGGUAGGCCCAGGGCUAUCCUUGCCUCUGACACCGGCUACUGCGUCCUCACCCCAGGAUCCCUCACCCCAGAGCAUCCUCAGAGGCAGAGCCUUGGAGAAGAUGACCUCUCAGUUCUGUCCUUGCAACGCCGGGGCACAGGACAUAUCCACGAUGUCCAGUCCCCUGGAGCAGGCGCUGGCUGUGAUGGUCUCCACCUUCCACAAGUAUUCUGGCCAAGAGGGUGACAAGUUCAAGCUGAGUAAGGGGGAGAUGAAGGCACUUCUGCACCAGGAGCUGCCCAGCUUUGUUGGGAAGGUGGAUGAGGACGGCCUGAGGAAGCUGAUGGGCGACCUGGAUGAGAACAGUGACCAGCAGGUGGACUUCCAGGAGUAUGCUGUUUUUCUGGCCCUGGUCACUAUCAUGUGCAAUGACUUCUUCCAGGACUACCCAGUCCGGCCCUGAAGCAGAGCUCUCAGUCUGCCAUGGGCCUGCUGGGCCCAGGAGGACUCUGCUUACCCCUUUUGUAUUCAAUAAAGUUUUCUGUUGACCGUA